CGAUCGUUUGUCAUCCUGUAUUAUCAAGCAUCGAUUUCCGCUAUGACUGAUCCGCCACUUUUCUCCAUCAGUUUUAUUUUUCACCACCACAGGAAGCAUCUCAUCUUUCUCUGAGAUACAGGUAUUGAGGUGUUGGACAGGUGAUUUCUUCAGAAUUUAAAACCUACCUGAUGGCACCGUCGCUCGAGGAGCCAACGGCUAUCGCAGCCCCAUCCAAAAUGGCACCAAAUCUGGUGGCGCCUGAACCUGAACACUGCCCUGGCCCCGAGUCAGAAAGGGCCGGUCAAGGUGAUGCGUGCGCCGGUUGUCCGAACCAAUCCAUCUGCGCCUCUGCGCCCAAAGGCCCAGAUCCCGAUAUCUCCAUCAUCACAGAGCGUCUCUCCCAAAUCCGACACAAGAUCCUCGUCCUCUCCGGUAAAGGUGGUGUGGGCAAAUCGACAUUUUCCUCCCUCCUUGCACACGCAUUCGCUGCGAACCCCGAUUCGACCGUAGGGAUAAUGGAUACCGAUAUCUGUGGGCCGUCGAUCCCUAAGAUGAUGGGUGUGGAAGCCGAAACAAUCCACGUGAGCAAUGCAGGCUGGAGCCCGGUGUGGGUGACAGACAAUCUGGGUGCGAUGAGUGUGCAGUUCAUGUUGCCCAAUCGGGACGAUGCGGUAAUUUGGAGAGGUCCGAAGAAGAACGGUCUCAUUAAACAAUUCCUCAAGGACGUGGACUGGGGUGAGCUGGACUAUCUGAUCGUUGACACUCCCCCGGGAACAUCUGAUGAGCAUCUCUCGGUCAACUCGCUCCUCAAGGAGUCCGGUGUUGACGGUGCAGUGGUUGUCACCACCCCCCAAGAGGUGUCUCUGCUAGAUGUCAGAAAGGAGAUCGACUUCUGCCGCAAGGCGGGCAUUCGAGUCCUCGGCUUGGUGGAGAACAUGUCUGGGUUUGUGUGUCCAAAGUGUACCCAAGAGUCUCAGAUCUUCCGAGCCACCACGGGCGGCGGGAAGCGCCUCGCAAAGAAGAUGGGCAUUCCCUUUUUGGGCGCAGUGCCUCUUGACCCACGAGUUGGAAUGGCUUGUGACUAUGGCGAAAGUUUCGUGGACAACUUCCCCGAUAGCCCGGCCUCGAAGGCGAUCAAACAAGUUGUACGAUCUGUCGGCCAGAUGGUUGGAGAGGACCCAGACGCCGUCCUUCCUGACGAUAUGGUUGAGUGAUCUGGCGUUCUCUCUCUGCUUUUUAAUGUUUCUCUCAUUUUUUCAUAGCGUGUUGCAUCCGAACAGCAGUUCGAAGGGUCCUGGCGUUUGGACAUAGAGUUCUAUCCUGAUACCAAUGAUUUACGACUGAUUUCACACUUCAAUUUAAUAUUGCGAUGAAACUAGAUAUUCUCCGUUCUAAAUCCGGGUUUCUUGGUCAAAACAAACAACAUCCUUCGCCGAUCUCAGCCAUAUCCACAUGUCAAUUUGAUAGGGGCUUAGCAGAUCAACUAGUACGGUGUCUAUUCCUCUUCUAGAUGGAAAGCAAUCACAACUGAUUAAACUAUGUUAGAUGUAGAGCGAUGACAGUUACUUUAUAUGAAUGACC